AUGCCCCGUCGCUCGUCCAACGCCCCCCUGAACCCCGUCGUGGCCACCAUCGAUAUCGGCACCACGUCAGCCAGAUGCAUUCUUUUCGCCAAAGACGGCACCGAGGUGGCCAAACACCAGAUCGAGUACUCGACGUCAGCGUCCGAGGCUCCAGAAACGUCACUGAACACCGACCAGUACCGUAGAAGGUCGUCGCUUAUGCGCCACAACGAGCCCAUUUUCACUGCCGAGGGUGUGGCGAUUCUGAUCACCGAUAACGUGGAGAUCGAGAACAACGCUGCUUCUUUGGGCCCCACGCUUCGUUUUCCCCAGCCCGGCUGGGUCGAGUGCAUGCCCGUGCACAUCUUGGCCAACGCCGUCGAGUGUCUUGUGGCUUGUCUUAUCACGUUGCGUAAGAUCAACCAGAAUCCAGACAUCAAGAUCAAGUACAAGGUCAAGUGCAUUGGCAUAGCCAACAUGAGAGAAACCACGCUUAUAUGGCACCGGAAAACAGGUAAGCCGUUGUGCAACGGUAUCACCUGGACAGAUACCAGAACAGCCCAGAUUGUCGAGCAUUUGGAGCACAUGACAGAUAAGGAGACCAAAGAUGCCUUGCAUCUGAAAACAGGGUUGCCCUUGUCGACGUAUUUCAGUGCUGCUAAAGUUCGUUGGCUCUUGGACAACGACGACCAGAUCAGAGAAGAGUACGAGUCUGGCGAGGGCAACUUGAUGUUUGGGACGGUCGACACCUGGCUCAUCUACCAUUUGACCAAGGAGAGGUCGUACGUGACCGACGUGACCAACGCCCUGAGAACGUCGUUUAUGAACUUGGAGACGCACGACUACGACGACGAGUUGUUUGAAUUUUGGGGAAUCGACCGUGACAAGAUCCAUUUCCCCAAGAUUGUGUCUUCUUCUGAACACUACGGUUCUUUUGCCGCUCCAAACUUAUCCCACUUGGGUUUCCACAACAAGAUCACCCAGGACGCCUACGACAUGUUGAAGACCAUCUACAACGUGCCUAUUUGUGGCUGUUUAGGUGACCAGUCGGCCUCCUUGGUAGGUCAAAUGGCCGUGAAGCCAGGCUCGGCCAAAUGUACUUACGGUACUGGCUGUUUCCUUCUUUACAAUACAGGCACGAGAAAAUUGGUGUCAGAUCACGGUGCCUUGACCACUUUUGGGUUUUGGUUCCCCCAUUUGGAUGGCGACGACGGUGAGCCUCAUUUUGCUCUAGAGGGGUCCGUUGCCGUUGCUGGCUCCAUCAUCCAGUGGUUGAGAGACAACUUGAAGCUCAUAGAUAAUGCCAAAGACAUUGGGCCCUUGGCGUCACAGGUGGACAAUUCCGGAGGAGUGGUGUUCAUUCCUGCCUUUUCUGGUCUUUACGCUCCAUACUGGGAUAGAGGCGCCAGAGGUACCAUUUUCGGGAUGACCCAGUACACUUCGUCCUCGCACAUUGCUCGUGCUGCGUUGGAAGGUGUGUGUUUCCAGGUGAGAGCCAUUUUGAGAGCCAUGUCAGAGGAUGCUGGUGGAUCAAAGGACUUUUUGGAAGAGGCAAUGACCACACAGUCUGAAAAAUCUCCAUUGUCCACUUUGGCAGUCGAUGGCGGUAUGUCCAAGGCCGAUGAGGUGCUUCAAAUCCAGGCUGACAUUCUUGGGCCCUGUGUUUCUGUGAAGAGAGCAGAAAAUGCCGAGUGUACGGCGUUGGGCGCAGCCAUUGCCGCUGGUCUUGGACUCAAGGACCCCAACGAGCGCUUGUGGAAGAACUUUGAUGAUGUGAUUGAGUCUUUGAGCGGUAAAGAUGGCGAUGCCAAUGUUUUCAAGGCCAAACUCCCCGAUGCCGAUAGAAGAAAGAACUGGAAGCGCUGGGAAAAGGCCAUUGAGAGAGCCAGGGGCUGGCUCGAUGAGGAUAGAGACGACUAA